AUGGGUGAGAUUGGCGGAGAAGAAGUAAGCAUGUUAGUCGAUACGGGAUCAGCAGAUACGUUAAUCCAUAUACGUACAUGAGAUAAGAUUAAAGCAUGUUAUGGACCUCUUGGCCCUGGUCCCCUCGUUAUUGCCGCGAACAGUCAACCUUUAAGCAUUUUGGGACAAUGUGUUGUAGAAAUGAGAGUAGCGGGUAUCUACGCCUCUCCUCUUGUCCUGGUUGCCGAUGACAUUUCUCACGAUUGCUUAUUGGGAGUAGACUUUCUCGGCGCUAACAAUUUUACUAUAGAGCUUGGAAACGGUUGUCUUUCAUCGCGAGCAAAUCAUGUUUCGGCACCAGUGUUUGUAAAGUCGUGUUCAACUCAAAACGUAGGGUGUCGUUUGUCUUUAGCAGAGACGGUGAUAGUGCUAGACCCGGGAUGGUCAUACCAGCAAAAGUGUCUGCGUCGGAUAAGAAAGCGCGAGUAAAUUUUUCUGGGAUCGUUGAACCAAAUUUGAAAUUUCAAAGGCCACCAGAUCUAGCAUUAGAACGGUCAGUAGUACAACCACAAGUUAAUCGUAUACUUGUGAGGGUUGUGAACACGUCUCCAACACCAAUAACAUUGUACAAACACUCUAAAGUAGCUACGAUGUAUCACUUAAGAGAGAAUGGUGAAAAUGGCGAGAUAUUUGAAAUGAUUGAAACCGUUAUCGUAAAUGAAGUUAGUAAUGCGUGACAGGGUAAUGAAGAUAUGAGUAAAACAAUAACGCUUGCUAAACCUUUUGAUGAGAUAGAUUUGCCCCAUUUAUCCGAACCAGCCCAAGAAGGGGUCAAACACUUACUAACCGAGUUUCAGGAUAUAUUUUCAACUGGUCCGAGUGAUAUGACAUUUCUCAGCAAAUGUACUGGUGGAUCUGGCAAAUGUACUGGAGGAUCUGCAAUGGUCCACGAUCGAUGUAAGACGUCAUAGGCUGCAUGAAGAGAGUUUUGAUGUACAAAAUUCUUAAGGAGCAGUCUGCCACAAGUCUUAGAGAAAAAUUUAUAAAAAUUAAAGAAAUUAAUGGAGAAUAUAAUAUUCGAAGUAGUGAUACUGAUCUAGCACUUACAAAACCUAAAACAAAUUAUCUUAAACGAAGUUUUAAGUAUAGUGGUGCAAUGCUGUGGAAUAGUUUUCCUUCUGAGGCGAAAAGGCAUCCUCGCCUUAUCGAUUUAAACGCAGUAUGUCCACUAUACCAGAGACCCAGCGACUAGGAUGUGAGUUAAGAUAAUAUGUAAGUAAAACACGCCCCAUCUGAAAAUCAACUCAUUGUACUUUACAAAUAUGUGGUGCAUGGCCAACGUGGUUAAAUAAACUUUAAAGUUUUCAAGUAAGUAUAUUGGACCAACAGAUAAAAUCUUUCACAAGAUCAACACUGGCGACCAUUCACCACUUCGCCAACAUGCACGCCGUAUUCCUGGUCAUCGAAGGGAAGAAGUGGACGCUAUGCUGGAGACCAUGUCGGAUAAAGGAGUGAUUCGAAAGUCGUCUAGUCCGUGGGCUGCUACGAUUGUUCUGGUUGGGAAGAAAGAUGGCAGCACAAUGUUCUGUGUGGAUUACAGGAAGCUAAACGAUGUCACAAAGAAAGACGCGUGUCCACUACCGCGUAUAGAUGAUACAUUGGAUGCCCUUUCCGGCGCGACAUUCUUCAGUACGUUAGACUUGGCGAGUGGUUAUUGGCAAGUGGAACUAGAUUCAAAUGAUCGUGAGAAGUCAGCUUUCACUAUGCACCAAGGACUAUACGAGUUCAACGUUAUGCCAUUCGGUCUUCGCAACGCACCCAGCACCUUACAGCGCCUCAUGGAGUAAGUUUUAGCGGGAUUGCAGUGGUCAACUUGUCUUAUAUACAUUGAUGAUAUCAUUAUUUACGGUAGAGAUUUUGGAGAACAUACAGCAAGACUGCGAGAAGUAUUAGUGUUCUUACGGUUACAAAACGCCGGACUGAAGCUGAAACCGAAGAAAUGUAAGUUAUUUGCGGAGAGAAGUGGAGUACCUAGGCACAUUAUAUCGGAGAACG